UCUUGGCGAUGGGAAACAUGACGACGGAACAAUGCGUCGCGUUCUUGCAGAAGAAAUCCACCACGAAUGGCGAUUCGGUGUUCUCGCAUCUAUCGCAACUCAUCCAAUUCCUUGUUGCCACAAAGCCGGAUAGCGCUGUGGAUCUCUUGGAGUUGAGCUUGCUUCUCAAACAGACCAGAUUUAUUCCAGAGGAAGGCCCCAAAGUUCCACGCUCGUGGAAAUUCCACGCAAAGGAGAAGUUCGUCAAGCAGUUCAUCAGCCUGCAGAGGUAUCCUUCCCGGGGCAACUACAAAACCAAAAUCCUUGUCACCCGGAUCGAAAGCCUCCCCCCCUGGAAUCCCAGGAACAAAAUGGUGACGAAGAGGAAACGAAAGAAGAAAAUGAUCCUGCCUAUAGCGCAGAGAAUUACCUCUACGACUCGAUCUUCUUCGAGGCCGUUGGAAUGGGGCUGGGCCGAGCCGAGAACUACCAAGUUGUCUUGGCGAUGAGACAGCUCGCGAGCACGAAGAUGGUGCUAAAGAUGAGGUUCUUCGGCAAGUUCUUUGGGAUCAAGAGCAACUACUACGUGUUUGAGACAACUAGUAAGUCCGUAUCUCUGGAAGAAGCUGCAAAGCUCCCUUCCUAUGGCGUUGAAGCGAUUCCAAAAGAAAAUGGAAUUGGACCGAAUGGGCACACGUACUGGGUUUGUAGCCGGCCAGGCGCCGAGUUUUACAGGCUUCCAGACGUGACGCCGCUGCAAAUCAAGACCGCGAGGCAGAUAAAAAAGUUCUUGACUGGAGACUUGAAGGCUGAAGUUUCGGCGUUUCCAGUGUUCCCUGGACUCGAGGAGAACUAUCUGAGAGCACAGAUCGCAAGAAUAUCAGCCACAACAGAACUUGCUAUCAAAGGAUUUUACAAGGUUGCUGAGGCUGAAGAGGGAGGAGCCGGCGGUGGGAACCUUGAAAAGAGUGAGGAAUACGCACCGCUAGGAUUUGCCGAGCUGAAAACACUGGAAAACUGGGUACACAAGAACCAGUACCUCAACCUGCAAGGCCGGACGGCUCUCUACGUUCCCGAGAAAAAGGAGGAAGAGGGCGAAGAAGGUGGUGGCGAGGAGAAAGAAGAGAAGCCUCCCAGUCCCGAGGAGACUGAAGUGAUCCCGGAGCGGCUAACUUCGGUGGACACGGACGCCGAGCUGAUGGAAGGAUGGAAGCAGUGGUCGUUUAUAACCAGCUCGACUCACAAGAACCUCAAGCACCAGGUGAUCGGGUUGCGGUCUAUACUCUGGCCUGGUGCUUUCACAGUGGUGACUCCGACUGGCUUUAGCAACGUCUACAUCGGCUGGGGAAGGAAGCUGAGACACUACGUCCCACCAUUACCACCACCUGUGAUGAAGGAAUUCGAAGGGCUCGGACCGGAAAGGCGUGAUCUUCCUCCCAUUCCUAAGCCGCCAGAGCCUGUGAAUGUAGAGGGCGAGGGUGAAGAGGCGCCGCCAGCAGAGUAGAAACACUCUUUGGAUGGACAAUUAGAUGAUUGUCGUGCUAAGUUUCAAAACGCAAAAGAAGAGCA